AUGCACAGCUACCCGCAGUUAGUUUUGACCGUUCUGGUCGCCAUCCACUCCAGUCUUGGUAACCCAGUACCAGACCCUAACUACCACAGGACGCACAUCAAGAUCCACGUACCCUACGACGUGCAUACAGUGCACCAUCACCAUGUCCAGACUGUUCCGAUCGUCAAAGAAGUGCCAGUCCUCCACGAGGUCCCAGUGAUCAAACACGUGCCAGUUGUCAAAACUGUUCCCGUCCCGAUUGUCAAAACUGUGGCCAUCGAGAAACCGGUCCUCAUACCCUACAAGGAGCACUACGGCUUUUUACAUUGA